AUGACCACUCUUACUACACAAAUGUCACUUCUUUUGCUUCUUCUUUUAUCUAUAGCCACAUUCCUCAAAACCAUGUCUACCAUUGAUCACACCAUGGUUUCAUGCAAUGAGAAAGACCGAGAGAUACUUUUAACUUUCAAAAAGGGAAUCAUAGAUCCUCAUGGUCUAAUUUCAACAUGGACAACAGAAAACAAUUGUUGUUCUUGGAAAGGGAUCCACUGUGACAACCUUACCGGAAGAGUUACACGAGUUGAACUAUCAUCACCUCCUCUUAAUGUUGAAGAAGAGCAACUCAAAAAUUUGAAAGGUGAGAUGAAUCUUUCUAUUUUAAAACUUGAGUUUCUCACUCACUUGGAUUUGAGCUGGAAUGAAUUUGAUAUGAUAAAUGUUCCAUCCAAUCACCACAACAUCACACAUGUAUCUAAACUUCUCUACCUUGACUUGUCCUCCAUCAUCCAUCAUUCUAGUCUUCAAAUGGAUAAUCUUGAUUGGCUUUCUCCACUUUCUUCUUUGAAAUAUCUCAGCCUUAGUGGAAUUGAUCUUCAUAAGGAAACCAAUUGGCUUCAAGCAGUGGAAAAAAUUCCUUCACUAUUAGAGUUACAGUUACGAUCUUGUAACCUAAAUAACCUCAUGCUCAACCCAUCUAUUGAAUAUUUGAAUUUGUCUUCACUAAUAACUCUUGAUCUUUCUUACAACUACUUCACCUCUCAAUUACCUAAUUCCUUUUUAAAUCUCACCAAAGAUAUCACCUAUCUUGACCUUCAAGGUAACUAUAUACAAGGUGAGAUACCUUCAAGCUUGCUAAACCUUCGAAAUUUAAGAUACAUUAGUCUUGCUUAUAACCAACUCAGAGGAUCAAUUCCAGAUGAAAUAGGCCAAUUACCACGUAUUCAAACACUUACUCUUGCCGUGAACAUGUUAAGUGGUUUCAUUCCUUCAACUCUUGGAAACCUCUCCUCCUUAUAUUCCUUAUCGAUUGGCUUUAAUAAUUUCUCUGGUGAAAUAUCAAAAACAACUUUUUCCAAACUCAAUAGUUUAGAUUUACUAGAAUUGACUAGUUUAAAUGUUGUAUUUCAAUUUGAUUUUGAUUGGGUUCCUCCUUUUCAACUCAGCCAACUUUAUUUGAGUGAUUCAAAUCAAGGCCCAAAUAUUCCAUCAUGGAUAUAUACACAGAAAUCAUUGGAGUCUCUUGAUUUAUCAAGCUCGGGAAUUUCAUCGGUAGAUAGGAAUAAGUUUGUGAGCCUUAUAGAAAGAAUAAACGUUACUCUUGAUUUAUCAAAUAAUUCGAUGACUCAAGACUUAUCAGACUUAACACUAAAGGGUUUGCGGAUAGAUUUAAGUCACAAUAAUUUCACAGGAGGACUCCCUAACAUAUCACCAAGGGGCGUUAAACAAGUCGAUUUGUCUUACAACUCCUUUUCAGGAUCAAUUCCACAUAGUUGGAAGAACUUAAAAAUUUUACAUUACAUUAACUUGUGGAGUAAUAAGUUAUCAGGUGAAGUUCUAACGCACCUCUCUCAAUCGACACAAUUGCGAGUCCUGAAUUUGGGAGAAAAUAAAUUUUCCGGAACAAUACCAGUCAACAUGUCGCCAGACUUAGAAGUGAUCAUAUUGAGAGCUAAUCAAUUUGAAGGGAACAUUCCACCAGAGUUGUUCAACCUUUCUUAUUUGACUCAUUUGGACCUUGCACAUAAUAAACUUUCAGGUUCUAUGCCAAAGUGCGUAUACAACUUGACUCAUAUGGUUACUUAUAAUGUGAAAAUAUGGCAGUAUGGUAUUGUACUUGAGUUGUUUACAAAAGGUCAUGAUUAUGUGUAUGUAGUCCAACCAGACAGGCGAACUAUUGACCUUUCAGUAAAUAGUUUUUCAGGAAAAGUACCAGUGGAAUUAUUUGAGCUUGUUCAAGUUCAAACAUUAAACUUAUCUCACAAUAAUUUUAGUGGAACAAUAUCAAAGAUGAUUGGAGGGAUGGAAAAUAUGGAAUCUCUUGAUUUCUCAAAUAAUAAACUUUGCGGUGAAAUUCCUCAAAGCAUGGCCUUCUUACACUUUUUGGGUUAUUUGAAUCUAUCUUACAAUAAUUUCAAUGGAAAAAUACCGAUAGGAACUCAACUUCAAAGUUUUAAUGCAUCGAGCUACAUUGGAAAUCCAAACUUGUGCGGAGCUCCUCUAAAUAAUUGUACCACAGGAGAAGAGAAUCCCAAAAAUGUAACACCAACACAAAGGAAUGAAGAUGAAGACUGUAUAAGAAAAUCAUUAUAUCUAGGCAUGGGAGUUGGAUUUGCAGUAGGUUUCUGGGGGAUAUGUGGUUCUUUGUUUCUUCUCAAAAAAUGGAGGCACGCAUAUUAUCGGUUUGUUGAUGGAGUUGGUGACAAGAUCUAUGUAACUUUGAUGGUAACUUUGUAUGUAGAAGAUCUUGCAUUCUUAUGCAAAUCAAGGAUAUAG